UCUUUAAUACACAGAAAAAUGAAACUUAAGCGGUUUCUACUUAGAUAUUAUCCACCAGGUAUCGUCAUAGAAUAUGAGAAAGGAGGACAUCUGAAGACCAAGUCAAUCGACCUUUUGGAUUUGUCUUCAGAGACAAACCCAGAUGAGUUAGUGGCAGAGAUAAUGCAGUCAGAGCCUCUGAUCACAGAGUCCCGUGCUGAUCAGGUUAAACAACUGAUCCUUCGACUCAAGCAGAAAAAGGGUCAGCAAAACCACCGCAGGUUCUGUUUCACCAAGGAACUUAAAGCACAUAUACUGCCACUGACAAAUGUUGCCUUUAAUAAGUCUGGGUCAAGGUUUAUAACAGGGAGCUAUGACAGGACAUGUAGAGUUUGGGACACAGCCUCAGGCACUGAGCUGCACACACUGGAGGGUCACAGAAAUGUGGUGUAUGCAAUUGCAUUCAACAAUCCCUAUGGGGACAAAAUUGCCACUGGCUCUUUUGAUAAGACCUGCAAACUGUGGUGUGUGGAGACUGGCAAGUGUUUUCAUACAUUUCAGGGACACAUGGCAGAAAUAGUGUGCCUGGCCUUCAACCCCCAGAGCACACUGGUGGCCACAGGCAGCAUGGAUGCUACUGCCAAACUGUGGAAUGUGGAAACUGGGGAGGAGGUGGCCACACUGGAUGGUCACACUGCAGAAGUCCUCUCUUUGUGCUUUGACACAUUGGGAAAUCAGCUCGUCACUGGCUCUUUUGACCACACUGUUGCUAUAUGGGAUGUUGCUUCCGGCAGGCGUAUCCACACUCUGGUGGGUCACAGUGGGGAAAUCAGCAAUGUUCAGUUUAACUGGGAUUGUUCCCUCAUAGUCACAGGCUCCAUGGACAAAACCUGCAAGUUGUGGGAGGCAAGCAGUGGGAAGUGUGUUGCCACCCUCGGUGGACACAAAGAAGAAGUACUAGAUGUGUGUUUUGAUUUAACUGGUCAGAUCAUUGCUACUGCCUCUGCUGAUGGUACAGCUCAAGUGUUCAGUGCAACCACACAUCAAAGUCUGUUGACCCUGAAGGGCCAUGAGGGUGAGAUCUCAAAGGUGUCUUUUAGCCCCCAGGGCAACAGAGUCCUGACUGCCAGCUCAGACAAGACAGCUCGUCUAUGGGAUGUUCAGUCUGGAGUCUGUCUGCAAGUCCUGGAGGGGCACAGAGAUGAGAUCUUCUCCUGUGUCUUUAACUAUGAGGGGGACACCAUAAUUACAGGAAGCAAGGAUAACACAUGCCGGAUCUGGUCCUGACCAUUCUGAUGACCCACUAUGGACUCAGAUGGACAUCGACAGAAAUAUAACUUUGUGUUUCAUGUUAUGCAUUGUAUCCUUUUUUUAAAAAUACUAUUUUUUGUAUGUUCCACCAAUUACUGAAUCUAUUUCAAGCUUUACUGUACUUUCGACUGUUUAAUUUACCACUAAGUUAACAGUUAAC